CUUUUGUUAUUGUUCCUAUUAAAUUUUUUUCUGCUUAUCAUUGAGCCACUGGACAUAAUUUCUACUCCAUAUAAUUAACUAGGAUUGCAUAAUGCUCCGAGUGCGACCAACUCUGUAUAGCCGAAUUCUAAAGCCGUUGAUAAAUUGUACUAUAACGCAACGCAAUAAUCACAUAGAAACGAAGGUAAAACUUAGCGACGGCAUCACCAUUAAUUAUGUACAAACGGGCAAAGGUGACAAAAACGUAUUGCUUAUGCCUGGUGCACUUGGCACUGGCUGGUCACACUUAAAACCACAAAUAGAAAAACUACCUGAGUUGCUACCAAAUCAUACAAUAAUUGCAUGGGAUCCGCCCGGUUACGGAAAGUCGCUACCACCGGAACGACACUUCGAUCUCGACUUUUUCCAAAAAGAUGCACGUUGUGCUGUAGACCUGAUGCGGGCUUUAGGAAGACCCAAAUUUUCUAUACUAGGAUGGAGUGAUGGAGGCAUAACUGGCAUCAUUGUGGCGGCUCGUUUUGUUGAAUCUGUCGAAAAAUUAGUUAUAUGGGGUGCCGGUGCUUAUUUGAAUGGUGAAGAGGAAGAAGCCAUGCGAGAUAUGCGCGAUGUGCAGAAAUGGUCACAACGGAAUCGUGAAACAAUGGAGAAAGUUUAUGGUGUAGAGGGAUUUCCAAAGUUGUGGUCUGCAUGGGUUGAUGCUGUGGUUGCAAUUUAUAAAGAGCGUAAAGGAGACUUUUGUUGCACAGAAGUAACGCAAAUUAAAGCGCCAACUUUUAUAUUGCAUGGCAAGAAGGAUCCAAUGAUUGCUGCCGAGCACAUACCAUAUCUAAGAGAACGUAUAAAAGAUUGCAAAUAUUAUGAAUUCCCCGAAGGCAAACAUAAUAUUCAUCUACGUUAUGCAGACGAGUUCAAUAAAUUGGUGGGGCAUUUCUUAACGCAAAAGCCCUAACAUCGUACUGAAACAAAACAAUUUUAUAUACAGGGUUUGUCCGGAAAGUAAUAGGACAGUCGAAAUAGUCUCCUUCGGCAUCGAUGCAGCGCUGCCUGUGCGAUUUCUAAGCAUUGAAGCGUUAUUCAAAAAUCGGGGUUCGGUUUCACACAUCUUCAAAUUUUCUUGGCUCUCUUCCACUCACAGCAAUUUUGGUCGUCAGUGAGCACUUUUUGGACCAUCUUCGCUCACACCUUGCGCAUAUUCAAGUGCUCCGUCACAAUGUUAUGAACCACAGAUUUUGAUAAAUUUAACAUCUGGGCAAUUAAAUUAUAUAAAUACUUAGUCGACGCUCUGAGUUCAAAAUUGAGCCACAUUGCCGGUGUUUGUCGGAGUCGCAGGUCUCCCAGCCCGGCCUUUAUUAGCGACGUAUUCCCGGCCCUCUAAAAAGGUCUGAUGCCAGCGAAACACACCACUUCUUGCUAAAGCAACAUAUGGCUGAGCCUGCUUGAUCAUAUCAAACGUCUCUGUCGCAGAUUUACCGAAUUUCACACAGAAUUAAAUCGAGUACCUCUGCUCAAGUAAACGCUGCAUUUUCGGCUUGCACCUCUCACAGAAACACGUCGCGUGAAAAUGUUUGUCCUGACUCUCCAGGUGCUCGCAGACAACUAAGCUAAGAACUCUUCUACCGAAUCCAGUUGGCACGGCGAAAGAAAAUCAGUCCUAUUAUUUUCAAGACAAACCCGUAUAUAUAUAUAUCCCCGCUGACCUUUGGUAAUCCCGCAGUCAACGGAACCGAUUGUGGUAAUCUGUUAUUUAAAUUUUAAUUCGUCUUAAGGGAAAGGUCAAACUUUUUCACUAUUUAUAUAUUUAUUGACACAUGCGUAUGUACGUAUAAAUAAAAUACAUAAAAUAUCUGCUAUAA